GAGAGAGAUAUUCCAGGAAAUAUUUGCUGGUAGUGAUUUUUGUUCUCUUUUUACUGCCUUAGCCUAUUUCCACUGAAAAUAAAAACAUUUACUUGUCAUUCGUGUUUACAUUGAAAAACAGCAGGAUUUCUGUUUGUGUUUUUUCAUCCUUUCCUAUCGAAGCUCAUGCAAUUCAAUAAUCUUGAAUUAGUAGGAGCCUCAUAGGACAAGUGCAGGCAAUGCUGAAAGAUACAAGGAUGGAGCCUAUAAACAGAGCGCAAUGAGUCAAAUCUAGCAAAAUAAAGCCUUGCAAAUGCUGUUAAGAAAUAUAAGCCAAGUGCAUUAGAAGCCCCCAAAAUUAAAUGUUAAGUUUGAAUAAGAAGACUGGAAGAAUGUUUCCAAAGUUUCCCUUGAGGUGAGUCCCUGAAGACCUGGUGAAGAGGCACUGGGGAGAGCAUCGCAGUGAGGAGGUGAGUGUGCAGUCAGGACAGAGAAGGCCCAGCAAGCCAGGGAAUGUCCAGAGGCCCAGGAGGCUGGAGGCUAGGGUGCACGGGGCGGGGGGCGCGGGAGGGCUGGCAGGCAGGUACACACAGACUCUGCAGGGGCCUGGACUUCACUUGGUGGGUGAUGAGGAGUAAUCAUAGGUUUCCAAGCAGAAGCACUGCCUGAUCAGAUGUUUCAGAAAGAGGCAGACCUGUGUGGGCAAGGGACCAGCUCAAGGGGGCCAGAUGAUGGCGACGACCCAGGAUAAUUCGGAGGAGCGUAGAGGCUGAAGCUGGCAGUCUGGUAAGGAGUGCACAGGGAAGAAGAAAAAGAGGGCGAUGAGGUUUACUCAGUCACAGUGGGCAGAUGGUACCCUUGUUAACCCAGUUAAGGCAAAAAGGAAACUUUCUUGGGAGUGGGAACAUUAACUAAUUACUAUUGAUAGCAAGAGAUCACUCUUCAUUUUCAGCCUAGUUACGCCUCACUGCUUCAGAACACACUGAACUCGCCUGCAUAUUUUUCAGUGGUUCUUCUUGCACUAUUACCUCCUAUACAGAGUACAUUUUCAAAGUUACUUUGCCGUACUUCAACCAGCUUAGUCACACUGGACUAUUAUCAAUUCUUCUCUCCUUACAAAGAUGGAGAAUGUUAAUUGUUCAGAUGAUUAACUUUGGAUCGAGUUUUGCCCAUGUUGAGCAACCUAUUUGAUUUUUUUUAUGACUCAGUUUCCUUAUACAUCAAGUAUACUAUUGUACACCCACCUCUUACAGUUGUUAUGAAGGUGAAAUCAGUCAAAUAUGUAAAGUGCUUAGAAUAGUACCUAGUACAUAAUGCUAUGUAUGUGUUAACUAAAAUUAUUAUUACUAAUUACUAAUAUUAUUUUACAGCAAAUAAUUCAAACAGUUUUUAAAAAUAUAAGAUGAAGAUAAAGCAAGUUGCCUACAUUCAAAGGUAGGUAAGUAAUUUUUAAUGGUUUUGUACUUUUUUCUUUCGCCUAGGCAUGUACUGGAUCUACUAUUUUGUGUUUGCUCAACUUUACAAGAAUGUAUUAUGAUAUCAGAGCUAAUAAAAACACAGCGAUAUGCAAGGCUUAUUAAGAGAUGGACAAGCAGCACUUCUGCCUGGAGCAGGCAGCUCACACCAGCAAACAGGAAAAGACAAGGUUUGCCAGGUAAAUUAGAUGCAGACUGUAUAUAUCAAGGCUUCAAUGACAGCUAUGGGUUUUGAUGUUGUCUCGAACAGGGGGUCGGGAUAUUUGUUCAUUUGUAAUCAAUUUAACAAACAUUUAUUCAGCCACCUGCUAUGCAUCAGCUCUGUACUAGAUGGGAUUAGACCUUCUUGAACCUGAGUUUCCUGGACUGCUAAAGUUUUUAUGUAUAUGUGUUUGUGUGUGCAUAUUGUCUGCAGAAAAAGUCUAUAACUUUGAUUGGAUUCUCAAGAGUAUCUUGAUGUACCACAAAGGUUUCCUAAAAUGUAACUUAUAAAAUGAGAAGAAAGUGAGCCAAUAAUUAAAAUACUAUGUGGAAAUGGCUAUUUUACAAGUAUGGAGGGUGUAUAGUAGGUGCUUGGAGCACAGAGAUCAGAGAACAACUAAUUUGGCUUAACUGGGGAAAGGGACCGGCAGCAUUUUGUAGGUAAUGUGCAUACCCAGAGCACAUCUCUAAGGAUAGAAACUCAGCUUGACUUUUACCCAUCCCAUUUUUUCCCAUGAACAUGUAAUAAGAUUUUUAUAUCCACUAUUAACAUCUUGCACGUGUUCCAGAGCAUGGUAAUUAGUUACAACUCCCUAAGGUAUCAAUUUGAUAGGGUUUAAAUAGCUUAGGAAAAGAUUGUCCUCUGGGGCCAAAUAAAUGAAACAGGAGUGAGGCAGGAGGCCCACCUCUCAUCAUCCCAGGCCUGACUUCUCAGCGAGAAGCCCCACCUUCCCCCCGUCAGAGUGGGGUGCCGGCUGGCAGUGCCAGGACCGGCCACAGCGGACAGCUGGAAGCAGGCAUCCCACUACGUUCCAAGUGCCAAGGGGAACCAGCAUCCCUGCCACCACCUCCUCUCACCCAGCCUGAGAAGAUACUGGAGGGAAAGGAGACCGCCUUUGGGGGAAGGGCAGUGUUUGCAAAGAGCACUCGGUGACCAACUUUUUUAAAUGACAAGGGUUUGUCUAAAAAACUGAAAAUGAGUGUUUUAAUUAUAAAGCGACUGAGAAGUUAUGGAAUCCAUCUGAGGUAUUAUGGAUCUCCACAGUAUUGUGGAGGGACUGCUCUGCAAUGGGGAAAGAGGACUCGUCAAGGCACUAAUAAAUACACUGCAUCAAAUCUAAUUAGCAUGAAUUCCCCUCUACCUCCUUCCUGCAGACAAGGAAACCCACAAAAUUACUAGUGCCUAAUGGAUAGAAGACUUGGACUAAAUUUGUACUUUUGCUAAACAUGUAGUAAAACUAAGGCCUGCUUAGUUGAAAGAUGUGACCACUUUAGCAAAAUGUAAUUUACUUCUCUCAAGAUCCUGAGAAAUAUUUCACAAUCUUAUGUUCCAGAUGGGAGAAAAGUGAAGUAUGUCCUCAGAGACUUGGGUCAGAGCCUAUUUAUUGACCAAACACUCAUAUGGCAUUUAUGUGCCAUCACCACUGUAUGUGCUUACAAAUGCAUUUAAUCUCCACAAUGAAAUAAAUACUAGCAAUAUUCCCAUUUUACAGCUAAGGAAAUGGAGGCACAGAGAGGUUGGGAAGUGGUAGAACUCAUAUUUGAACGCAAGCAGUGAACUUUGGAGGCCCUACUCUUAGUCUGAUUUUAUUUAAUCCUGACACCAACUUUUUAAUUAUCAUUCUGGAUAAGAAAACAGAAGCUCCUUCCCGCCAUCGUGGUGUGCGCUGUUGACACUGUUCCUCGCCAUGUCUCCUCACAAGACUUCCAGGAUCAAGAGAUUCCUGGCCAAGAAAUAAAAGCAUCAUCAUCUCAUUUCCUAGUCGAUUCUGAUGAAAACUGGUAAUAAAAUCUGGUACAACUCUAAGCAGACACACUGGAGAAGAACGAAGCUGGGUCUCUAAGGAAUCACAUUGAGGUGGCAUAUGUAUUUAUGCUCUAUCAAAGUCACAUGCUCUUACCAUCUCACUCUGUAAACAUCACUACUAUCUGGAUAGUUAGGUAUGUUUUAUUGGGGAAAUGAGUUUUUUGUUUCUAUGCCUCUGUACUAGUCUGUUGAUUCAGUAAGAAAUAUGUGAAAACAAGCAAAAAAGGAAAACAGAAGCUCAGGUGAUGGUUAAUUUUAUGUGUCAACAUGACUGGGCCACGGAGCACCC